AUGGCUUCUAAAAUUAAGUUCAACUCUGACAAGGCUACCGAAAGGGACGGUGCUUUAUACACCAAGUUCAAAUACGAAAACUCUAUUGUCUCUACUGAUGCUGCUACUGGUUCUCUUCAAGUCACCCCUACCAGUGUGGACUAUGAAUUCAAGGUUGACUUGAAGGUUCCUAAGUUAGGUCUUAUGUUGGUCGGUUUAGGUGGUAACAACGGUACUACCCUUCAAGCUGCUGUUUUGGCUAACAAACACAACAUCUCUUUUGAAAACAAAGAAGGUGUUGUUGAGCCAAACUACUAUGGUUCUGUUACUCAAUCUUCUACUAUUAAGUUGGGUGUUGAUGCUUCUGGGAACGAUGUCUAUGCUCCUUUCAAUUCCGUCUUACCUUUUGUCAGCCCUAACGACUUUGUUGUUGGUGGUUGGGAUAUUUCCAGUGUCCCUGCUGAUAAGGCUAUGAAGAGAGCUCAAGUUUUAGACGUUGAUUUACAAAAGAAAUUGCGUCCAUACUUGGAAGGGAAAACUCCAUUGAAGUCUGUCUACUACCCCGAUUUCAUAGCAAUGAACCAAAAGGAAAGAGCUGAUAACGUUAUCAACGUUGACUCUAAGGGUGAAGUAGUUACUGACAGAAAAUGGGCUGAUGUUGAACAAAUCAGAAAGGAUAUCAACGAAUUCAAGACUGCCAACAAGUUGGAUAAGGUUAUCGUAUUGUGGACUGCCAACACUGAAAGAUACGCUGAUGUUGUUGCUGGUGUUAACGACACUGCUGACAACGUAGUCCAAUCCAUUAAGAACAACCAUGCUGAAAUUGCUCCAUCUACUGUCUUUGCCGUUGCAUGUAUUUUAGAAAAGGUUCCUUUCAUCAAUGGUUCUCCACAAAACACCUUUGUUCCAGGUGUUUUGGAAUUGGCUGAAAAGCACCAAUCAUUCAUUGGUGGUGAUGACUUUAAAUCUGGUCAAACUAAGAUGAAGUCUGUUUUGGCUCAAUUUUUGGUCGAUGCUGGUAUCAGACCAAUUUCUAUUGCUUCAUAUAACCAUUUGGGUAAUAAUGAUGGUUAUAACUUGUCAUCACCUUUACAAUUCAAAUCCAAGGAAAUCUCCAAGCAAUCUGUUGUUGAUGACAUUAUUGACAGUAAUAAAAUCUUGUAUAAUGACAAGAAGGGUAAGACUAUUGACCAUUGCAUUGUCAUUAAGUAUUUGAAUGCUGUUAAGGAUUCCAAGGUAGCAAUGGAUGAAUACUACUCCGAAUUGAUGUUGGGUGGCCACAAUAAGAUCAGUAUUCAUAACGUCUGUGAAGACUCUUUAUUGGCCACACCAUUAAUCAUUGAUUUGGUUGUGAUGACCGAAUUCUUCCAAAGAAUUACAUACAAGAAGGAACUGGAUUCUGACGAUAAAUAUGAAAACUUCUAUGCUGUCUUGACAUUAUUGUCAUACUGGUUGAAGGCUCCAUUGGCCAAGCCUGGAUUCCAACCUAUCAAUGGGUUGAACAAACAAAGACUUGCUAUUGAGAACUUGUUGAGAUUAUUGGUAGGAUUACCAGUUAACAACGAUUUAAGAUUCGAAGAAAGAUUACUUUGA